CAUAAAAAAUCAAUUUGUUUCUUUGCAUUUUCAACAAAAAUGAAAAAAAAAAUCGUAUGGGUUUUUCUUUACCUGUUUCUGCUGAAAUUUUCUGUGUUUUGAGGUUCUUGGCGUAUCUGGUUCAGUCCCAACGGAAUUCAAAUGUGUCUUAUACGUUCGUUUUGAUGCCAUGUUGAUUUCAGGAUAUUGUACUGUAUUAUACUUGUUUUGAAUUUGAGAAAAUCGGCGCCAAGGUAUGUGACCAAUCAAGAGUCCUAGCGUUGCAUGCAGCCAAUCAGAGCUGCAGAUGGUACGUAGUCAUUUCACUUGAAGCUCCCGCGCUUAAGGUGAGGCAGAAGACGUUACGAAGCAGAAGACGUUACGAAGACACGAUGCGGUUCCAAUUUGCAAUUUAUUACUUAUUUGAUAAGUCAUUAAAAGUGGAGAGUACAUCAAUCCUUCUAGCUAAUAUUGACCAGCUUAGUCAAAUUACAUCAAAACCUGACCUUGAUGCAGACGAUAAUUGGCUAGAAAUAAAAUGUCCUACACGUAAAGAACCGGAGAAGACGAUGCCUGCUAAAGUCCUGCUGUUUGGAGAUUCGUUCAAAGACCUCGUCUCAAAGAAAAAUGUAUUCCUUCUUGGAAAUGAUAUAUGGAACAAGGACGAAAGCAGGGGUGUUCGCAUUAAAAAGAAAAUGUUGGACAACAACAACGUGGUGGAGGCUAAAAAAACAAGGCCGGCAAAGCAAACCAAAAUCAAGGAGGCAGCCAGAGACAAGAUGUUACAAAAACUGAAGAAUUCCCUUUCUCAGAACAGGGCCCUAGCCACACAAGAUCAACAUACCAGCUCUGAAGAUGAAUUUCCACAAUGUGUUCAUAGUGUAAAGAAAGCAAUGAUUAAGAAGGCUGCAAGACCCCUGGCAUUCUCCUCCGAUUAUCAUGUCAGUUCUGAUGAGGGCACAAACAUAGCAAGCCCACUCCUUCCAGAUCAUCACACCAGUUCUGAUGAUGCUACAAACAUAGGGAGUCCUGAAAUGUUUCAGGCCAAUGACUUGGAUGAAGAGUGUUGUUUAACCUCAACUCAGAGAAAGGCAAGUUGACUUUCUUCAAAGGUUUUUUCUCCAUUUAUGUCACCUGAUAAAGUUUCUGAGAGGACAGUCUUUGGACAAGGUCACGGUGAAUGAAAUCAUGAGCAGACCCUGGCCAGAUAUAAACACUGAUUUUGCUACAGCGAUCAAAAUGAGUAAAUGACCUUUGAAACUUCAAAUAAAGAUGGUAUUACAUUAUUAUGCCACAGAAGGUGGCAAUGAGUGUCUUUUAAAAUGUACUUGAUAGAGAUUUUUGCAAAAACUCUGGAUAAAACAAGUCUUCAUUCAUUCAUGUCAAACCAUUUUUUUCACACAAUGAAUUCAUUUAAAGUAAUAUAUUUUUGGAACAUUUUAGACAUUUACAAAUAGAUUUUUAACAUUAAAUACAACAUUUUGCCAGAACCUCAAGUAAAAUAAUGAUGCAGAACCUGCAUCAUUAAAAAUUACUUUUUUAUUUUUGUUUUUUUGUUUUAUUUUUAUUAUUUCUAUUUUAACAUACAUGACUGUAAUCAAGGUUCGCUGUGCCUAUGUUUCAUUGUUUGCAGAUAAACGAUACCAACACUGGACUGAACAUGCCCCAAAUGGAUGAAGAAAUCAUGGCAUCGCUUCGUGGUAGUUAUUCAGACUGGCAUUGGAGGGGGGACAUUACAGUACAAUGUCCCACAAUGGGCAUUGAUUGCCUGUACAGAAAGGGUUACUUCACCCCCAAAUGAAAAUUCUGUCAUUAAUUACUCACCCUCAUGUUGUUCUAAACCUGCAAGACUUUUGUUUAUCUUUAGAACACAAAUGAAGAUAUUUUUGUUAAAAUCUCGGAGAUGUCUGUUCCUGCGUUGACUGCCUUUGCAACGACCACUUUAAUGCUUCAGAAAGGUCAUAAAAAGAUUGUAAAACUAAUCCAUAUAAAUCGAGCCAUUUAGUUUAAAUUUUCUAAAGACACUCAAUCACUUUAUAUGAUGUGCAGAUUUCAUCGUGGCUUUUACUCGCAUGUUAAUAUUGAUCAGCGAACAUAAGCAGAAGCUCAACCAAACUUAAAUGACGCACAAGAACAAACUUCUUCCGGAAGCUCAAACAUGCUGCGUAACCAACAAGGUUCAUUCUCUGUGUUACGCGGUAUGUUCAAGCUUCUGGAAGAGGUUUGUUCUUACCAUCAAUCAGGUUUGGUUGAGCUCCUGGGUAUGUUCGAGGAUCAAUGUUAACAUGCAAGUAAAAGCCUCAAAUCUGUUUAUAAAAAAUCAUUGUGUCUUCAGAGAAUAUGGAUUAAACCGCUUAAUUCAUAUGGAUAAAUUUUAGGAUCUCUUUAUGAUCUUUUUAAAGUAUCAAAGUGGUCGUUGCAAAGGCAGUCUUUGGAUUUCACCAAAAUAUCUUAAUUUAUUUUCUGAAGAUGAACAAAAGUCUCACGGAUUUAGAAUGACAUGAUGGUGAAUAAUUAAUGAAUUUUCAAAUUUGGAUCUAAUCCUUGAAUCUUAGUACCACUAUCCCUUUAUUACUGGCCAGCUUUUACAUUUCACCCAUCUGCCAUGCCAGAGAUGCAGAGUUCUUACAGUCAAACAACACUAACUUGGCUUUUUUCCCCUUAUU